GCGCCAACAGAGCGGAAAGGCUGAACGUCUACUCGAUCGUGAUGAGCAUUGGACGAACGUACAAGAUGGUCGGGCGCACGCAACCUCCUCGUUCUCCAGUGCGAUACAAUGUUGCUUCAGAAAGACGUAGAGAAGGCAAACUUGCUCAACCCUGAGGUCUACGGCCGCGGCAGCGUCGACAGCGAGCUCUACUUCAGGCGAACGACAAAGUCGACAAGCAGAAUCUGCGCCUUUGCCGCCGGCGUCAUAGUCACAUCACUCUGCUCGGCCAUAGUCAUCGUGUCUGGCACACGAUGGCCAGCUGCAGAGCAAGUCGAGCCAGCUGCGCCGCAUCUACAGCGAGCCUUUUGCGCGGAUCCUUAUGCAGAGCCAGGCGUGCUCGAGUUCGACCACAGCGAUAGGCUAGCAGCACGUUGGCGCCCUUAUGACGGUCAGAAUUGCCCUCCUGCGCCAGACUAUACCCGCCUGCUACGCUUAGCCUGCCCGAGCAAUCUGACCGCCACGAAUCAGAGCAUAACAUACGCUGAAGAGCUGCGUCGGUAUACUCACCUUGGCCAGCACCGAUUGCCCAAGGUCGCCUUCGAAGGCAUGUCAAUCGAAGCCAUAGAGCAGACAUACGAGAGCCAACAAGCUCUUGAUGAGCUCAGUUUCCUGCGCAACAAGACGGUACUCAUCUUGGGCGACUCUGUCGACCGCAACAGCAUCGAACAGCUGGGCGAGGUGACCGACCAGCAUGUCAAGAUCACUCGCUAUGACUCGCCCCUGAACACGAGCCUGUACGCCGGCUUCGAUCCAAAAGGCUGCCCUCAUAGUCUUCAUUUCGAGCGGCUCAACUUCAAAGUCGUCAACGGCUUCCACUAUGGCAGCGACGACAGCGACACAUUCGCCAAAUCCCAGCCGGACUGGAGAGCACCAGGACGUUUCGAGGAGCGUGUCGAUAAGCUGUUUGCGCCCAUGUUCGGCAAGGAGGACAGCAUUGCUGACAAGCCCGACUUUAUCUCAUUCUCGAGCGGGCUCUGGGAUGCAGCAAUGGCGGGGAGAAUCGAUAGAUUUGCCAAUCGGUCGACGGAACGGCCUCUCAGUGAGAACGACCUCGCCUGGUAUGCGAAUCGGCUUCACUCGAUGAUCGCACACAUCCGGGCUACUUGGGAUGCACCUAUCUGGAUACGUGGCAUGGCCCGACCCGGCGAACAGCACAGAUAUGCGACACAUGACUUUGUCGGCAAUACGCCAGACGCCGAGCACACGACCAACUUUUUCACAGACGCCCGCGCUGCUCAGCUCAUUUACGUAGCCAAGAAAGUCGCAAAGGAAGCCAAUGUCCCUUACUACGACUUCAACGCAGUUUGGGAGGGACAGCAGAUAUACCAGGCCGGAGUACAUCCUGUCACGCUGCCCGCCUUUGCAGCGAUCAGUCAGCCACUGCUACAUCAUCUCAAAAUGACCUUCGAACGUGACUAGACAGUCCGCGCCAUUCGCGGUGGGACGCACAUGUUCGCGCCUAGGCAAGGCUGUACGCGACGAUAGGGAAUGGUAUCGAAUGCAUAUACAAUGUUGUAUCUGCUCGACCUUUGCUGCCUAGACUGGUAGUGCAGAAAGUCUCCUGUCUUGCAGUCAACCUGGUUGACCAAUUUGAUGACGUGCAAAUGUCUUUCACCUUUCUGCUCG